AUGGUCUACAAGGCACACUCAAGUAUCCUCAGGUUCAUAGUGGGCGAUGUUGCGAUGCACGAUGCGGUAAAUGACCCAGUUACGGGUCAGGACGGCACUAACCGACAAAGUGGAUACGCAUUGUUGUUACAUUUCAGUCUCCCCAGACCAUGCAUCCGAUCAUCACAAUUGAUUCGCUUGUUAAAUCGCGGACUAGGCGUGGCCGCCGAUCCCGCAUUCUUUGGUUUCGUGGUCAUGCAGUACUGUCCUCCAAAUGAGACUCUUCUCCAUCCGUGGCACAACGGAGGGUUGAAUCGAUGCUUCCUUUGGACUCUUUCCUCUUCUCUCUCCCUGAGUCUUUCUUUUCUUGCUUUAAUAACUUACGUAUCUUGUCUGUGUUGCAAUUCUCGCCGAUCUGAGAACAGAACGCGGUCAGUAGGAUUCGGGUUGCAAGUUACUUUCUCAGCUCUCCUCAUAUUCAUAACACUGGCACAUGCAUUCGUCUACAUGAACUUUAAAGAGUUAUCUGGAUUUGCAGUUUUGUAUGCCAUUGGUAUGCCCAUUGCUUGGAUCAUUGCCAUGUCACUCCUCAUCAUUGAACGCCAACGCACUUGUCCAAGGCUUUACGGAAUGAGGCACGGAUUUCCGCUGCUAUUAUUUUGGACCAUUAGUUUUGUUCUCGUUAACCUUCCACUAACGUGCAUUGGCAGUAGUUCGUGGUGGUGGAAGCUUGAGACUGAUUUGGACAAAGCAGAGCUAGCAGUUUGGAUUGCUGAGUAUAUGUGCACCCUUCUUGUCUUCAUACUUGGCCUUCUGGCACCCGGAAGUCCAAAUUAUGCCAUGCUGUAUCAUGGGUUGCUGGACGAAAAUGCCGUAACCCAAGAUCCCCUUGCUGCUGGUCGUUGGGGUGUGUUUAAACGCCGUGCAUCAGUGUUGUUUCCCUUCAUUUGGCCCAGGUCGAGGUACCUCCUGCAGCUGAAUAUCAUUCUAUGUGUUUGCAUCUUAGUCGUUGCUCGAGUUGUCAAUCUCUACGUGCCCAUAUUCUACAAGAACAUCGUAAACAGUUUGACGCCCAAUGUGACGACCAAUCAGAGCAUGGAUUUUGUCGUGCAGCAGAUGAGAUCCGGUGAUUUUAGCUACCUCUAUAUGACAAUGGUUGGACCGAGUGGACUAGUGUUUAGAUGGGACCUCAUCCUCUACUACAUCGGAAUUCGUGCUGUUCAGGGUGUUGGCUCGCCCAGUUCGGGUCUGUUGGGUGCUCUGCAGGCGCAACUCUGGAUAUCCGUGGACCAGAAUUCUGCUCGCAUGUUGGGGGUUCAUCUAUUCAAACAUUUGCAUGGCCAUCGAGAUGUGGCCAACUGCACCGCCUUGGUGCACAGGUCAGGCGAAGACUGA